AUGGCUUCAGCUGGAAAAACUUUCAUCGUCGAGCAUCUGGACCCGGAGCUCGGCCCAUGGUCGGAACUGGAGUAUCUGGCCAUUGCAGCGGAGAGCGAGGAGACAAACACCAAAUUCAUCCUGUCUUGCCUGCCUCCCAACUUCCAAGUCCCGGCUGCCUUGUCCGCCAACAAGGCCUUCACAGCUGAACAUCGCGGGGUAGAAGAGCUCUAUGCAGGCCAGAAGUCGCGGGUUUGUCUUCUAGAUCCCGCCGCAGCCAAGGACUUGGCGCCCGAAGAUGGCGAGACAUUUGAUGCGUUUCUCUUUGGUGGCAUCUUGGGUGAUGACCCUCCACGAGAUCGAACCUCUGAGUUGAGAAAGAAGGGUUUCGAGGGAAGGCGGCUAGGCCCUAAGCAAAUGACUACAGACACAGCUGUGCGAGUUACGCGAAUGGUUGUGCACGACAAGAUUCCUCUUGAUCAAAUGCCUUAUUUGGAUUUCCCAGAGCUCAAAUUCAGCGAGCAUGAAAGCACGGAGAUGCCUUUCCGUUAUGUCAAGGGCGCAGAUGGAAAGCCAAUUAUGCCAAAGGGAAUGGUUGAGUUGAUACAGAAAGACGCUGAUAAAUCUGUGGACGAUCUGUUCUAA